AUGGCCAACGAAGUCAUUCUUCGCCAAGCCCCAUCCACCACCCCCAUCCCUGACAACAGCCAGCCCGAACCCUCCGGCACCAUCUUCACAGAGUCCCAAGCCGUCGUCAGCGACGGCACCCCCGAAACCAUCACCAUCAUCACCACCACACCACCGGGUACCACCCUCUCAACCACGACCUCUGGUGGCGCCACCUGCGGAGCCCUCGUCACCUCCUUCUACUCAGCCUUUCCCACCCCGACAGGCGCGUACUCUACCUACCUCAACUCUGUCAUCUCCAAAGGCGACGUCUGUGCCCUCGUGCGCUCCGUCCCUGCCACGGUGUCGUCAGCUGCGGCUGCUUAUGAGACCGCGUUGGACAAUUACUUUGCUCGUCCUGAGAAUUUGGAGAGCAUUCUUGAUGUUGGAGAUUGUUUGGCUGCUACGCCCUCGCUGGCAUUGGCGGGGGCCAACUCGGCCGAGGUCAAGUUCUUGGCCAAGGCUACGGAUCUGUCCAAGUGUAAGAGUGCUGCUCCGGGGGUCAGCAUAAGGGGGGCGGCGGCGUUGGCUGGGGUGGCGGCUGUUGCUUGUGCUUUUGGGAUGAUGUGA